AUGAAUCAGACAUUGAAGGAAAAUAGUCAAAGAUCCUUAGUGGUAGGAAAUGAUCAAUUUAAUGAGGUUGGAAUAGAUAUCCAAAUACCUUCUUAUAUGGAGACUUUCCAUAUCUUGGUAGCUAGAGAACAAGCUCGAAGACUCGGGGAUAUAAACCAAAAACAAGUAAAUACCAGGUUGUUAUUAUUGCCAUCUACUAAACCUAAACGUGAAUAUGACCACCAUUUAUCCUUUGAUUACUUGGUUAUUUUUCAUGACCCUCAAGUGGAACAUGUAUUUAACCAAUUUGUACCACCCAUCAUUGGUGACUAUCCAACUGGUCCCAAAAAGAUAAAUGUAGAUGCAAUGACAGAAAUAGAGAUUAACAAGAAGGAGAUGUUUAGUAAGAAAUAUAAAGAUGUAUUUGAACAAGAGGAAGGAGAUAGCAAAUCAAAUGGCAACAAAAAACAAGACAACUAUGAUGACUAUGAAUUCGAUGAAGACGAAUUAAUGAAAGAUAGUAGUGAUGAUGAUGAUGACGACGAUGAUGAUAGUAGCGAUGAUGAUGAUGAUCAUCAUCAAGAUAAAGAUGGUGUUCAUAUUCAAUCAACUGAAAAUGUUGAACAUUUAGAAAUCAAAUUAAGAGAAAAUCAAUACAACUUUGAUUUACAUAUAGAAUAUAUUGAUGCUUUAAAAAAGGCAAAGCUAUUGGAUCGUCUAAGAGAGGCUAGAUUUGCAGCCCAACGAUUAUUCCCAUUACCUCUCUCGGUUUGGGUAUCAUGGUUAUCCGAUGAACAACAACUAUCAUCACCUCUUCAAGAACAAGAAAAAAUAGAUUUAUUUGAAAAAGCAAUUAAUGAUUAUUUAUCAAUUAAUGUUUGGGUACAAUAUUGUAAAUUUAUAGAAAAUCAAGUUAUAUCAAAUUUGGGAGGAGAUAUUAAAAGUGGAGAAGAUGAAAGAUUAAAAAGAGUACGUGAUAUGUAUGAAAGAGCAGUCAUUGCAUGCUCGGAUCACAUGGUCGAUAGUUUCAAGUUGUGGAAUACCUACCGAACAUUUGAACAACAAGUAUUGGCAAUGAUCCCAACCGAAGCAACCGAGGAUAUCAAGACCAAACAAUUGGCAAGAAUCAGAUCAAUCUAUCAAAGACAAUUAUCAUGUCCACAAAUGAAUCUUGAACAAACCUAUCAAGAUUAUGAACAAUGGGAACAAAGUCAAGUCAAUUCUUCUUCCUCCUCCUCCUCCUCUGCCGCCGCUACCAAUAUACAAACAAGAUAUCAAUUAGCAUUAAAAGUAAUAGAGGAUAGAAAAGAUUAUGAAAAGGCAGUGGUUGAUGCCAAGACGACCGGUGAAGGAGGAUCUACAUUGGAAAAAUGGCAAGAAUAUAUUGGAUUUGAAAAAAAGGAUCAGUCAAAGAAACUAAACAGAAUAGCUAUACUCUACGAACGAGCAUUGCAAGAAAACUAUUUUGUCUUUGAUUUGUGGAAACAGUAUUUGGGAUUCUUGGAGCACGAUUUCAAGGCUCCAAGUGCCACCAUUUUCUCGGUUUUGGAACGAGCAUCGCGUAAUGUGUAUUGGUCAGGGGACAUUUGGAGUAUCUACAUGUCACGUUUGGAAAAGUAUAGUGACAAGGACGAUAUGAUUCUCAAGGUCGAUCAAGUGUUUGAGAGAGCUUUGGUGGCAGGCUUGUCGGGUCCGACCGAAUAUCAACACAUCUUUUCAACACGAUUCGAUAUCUUGUGGCGUCACCAAAAGAAGGAGGGUGGUGCUGGUGCACCAUUGUUGGACGAAGAAAAAGUAAACAUGUUUGAACAACAUUUCCAAAAAGAAUACGAAGUGCUUGUAAGCUUGGGAAUGGACGUGUCAGAGAGUUUGAUGUUCCGUGCCAAAUUCGAGGCCUAUCAACUCGACAAUAGCACGUUGGCCGAUCAAACAUUCCAACUGUUGUAUGCCGGUGCACCACAUCUCUAUCAUCUAGUGGACGAGUACAUUCGCUUCAAGAUUACAAAGCAAAAGGAUAUUGACGGUGCGCGUGAAAUUUACAAAAAGGCGGUCAAGACAAUUGCAGAGACGUCGCGUAUCUGGCAAGACUGGCUCAAUUUCGAGCGUGUCUAUGGUACGUUGCAAACGUCUGAUCAUGCGACACACGUCUACCAAGACACUGUCCAACGAUACCAAGCCAAACAACAAAAAGAAUUUGAAAAGCAAAAACUCCAACAAGCACAACAAAGAAAGGCACUCGAAGACAAGAAACGUAAAAAGGAAGAGAAACAAGAGGGAGGAAAAGCAUUGGGUGCCGGCGACGGACGUGGUUCACUUAAAAAGAAAAAGAUUGAAAAGACGACCAUCUACAUUUCAGGUCUUCCCUUUUCCGCACAUUCAAAUGAUCUCGUAAAGAUGAUCAACGAACGUGUUGGUGACUUGAAAGAAGUGCAUUUAGUGUCAGACAAGAAUGGUAAAUCCAAGGGUAUUGCCUUUGCCGAAUUUAACACGAGCGAUGCUGCCCAAAAAUGUAUCGACACGUUACACGGUGACAUAACAUUCAACGAAAAGCAUCCAAUCAAUGUUACCUACUCGAAAAAAGAAUUUAAACAACAAAGUGAACAAGAAAAGAAUACACAACUACACUUUGAACAAGAACAAAAACGUUUGGCACAAAUCGAAAUCAACUUUGAAAAUAGUGAAGGAAAGACUGUUUUCAUUAACAAUCUUUCGAGUAAUGUCACAAAAGAAAAACUUCAAUCAUUUAUUGAAAGUAAUGGUGCCACUGUAUCGGAUGUACGUGUCAUUGUAAAGGCUCGUCCAUUUGCCUAUGUCGAUUUGCCUACCCCGGAACAAGUCCAAAACGCCCUUAAACUCAACAACAAGUAUUUCCUUGGUAAUUACAUGCGUGUUGCCUUGUCCAAACCACCACCUGGUAGUGCUCCAAGAGAACAUAAACCAAAUCCAAACAAGACUGAAAUUGUUGCCAAUCCAUUUGAUUCAAAACCAGGUGAUGAAGAGAUGACAACUAGUACAACUUCAACAACAACCGCAGUUCCCACUAGAAAACCAGUAUUAUUUAUUCCAAGAGGUUUAAAAAAAGCCCCAGCAACUUCAAAUAAAUAA